AUGUCAGACUUUCCAGAGCACGGAGACGGAUUGAAGGAAAUCCCUGGGUUUUCAUUAUGCAAGGCCAUGGAGGAUCUCAGUCAAGCAGGGUUGACCCAAAAUGAGGCUCUUAAAGAGAAACAGAAAACACUCAGCUCCCUUCAGACAACUCUUUCAGACGUUGAAAAGAAAGGUGAGGCUGCAAAGCAGGAGCAUAGAAUCAUAGUAAGGGAAAUGUUAAUAGUAGAAGGCGACCUGGAGCAUCUGGAGAAGCAAAUUGAAGUCCUCCACGAUCGCUGUGCGUCUAUCAGCACGGAAAACACAGAAAUGCAAAGUCUUAUAAGUGAAGAGGAGGAGAAUGCUCGCCUAGCGCUUGCAGGGUUUGACACUUACAGAAAGAAGAUGGAGGGACACAGAAUGGCUGUUUUGCAUGCUGUGAGCCAGACAGAGGCUCAUAAAAUGCUUGAGGAGAAGAAGGAAAUGGUGCGGAUGCUGAUGCAGGAGAAAGAGCAGCUGAGACUGGAUUUGGAGAAUCCAGAUGGAAACACAGCACAGAUGGCGAAGAAGGAGACUAAUGCUCUGAAGAGAGAAAUCUCUGAGAAGAGGACCAUGAUAGCUGACAAGACAGGCAAACUAAAGAAAGAGUUAGAUGUUCAUUCCCAGUUAAAGAAAGACAUAGAGAUCCAGAACAGGCGCCAUGAAGCAAUCAUCAAGCGUCUCCGCUGCCAGCUGAGCAGAGCUCAGGCCGGCCACAGGCAAAUGUUUGAUGAAAUCUGCCACCUGCAGAGUCAACUAGCUGAGCUCAAAGGGCAGUCAUCACAGGAGUCAGUGGUCAGUGAUAAUUAA